UCCCACACAUAUUAUAUUAAUGCUAGUUCAUGGAAAAAAUUACUAGAACGUUCAAUUAUUUAAUGGGGUCUUAUAAUAUUGCAUCAAAAAUUGACUAAAUUUUCAACAAAAAUCAUCACUAACCACAGAUUUUAAAUUAAUUGUUUCUCGAAAAGUACUUAUCCAAUCAGGUCAAAUCCAAUGCACGUUUGUACUAUAUUAAUUGUAGUUUAUGAAAAAAAUUACUAGAACGUUCAAGUUUUAUUUGGGUCUUGUAGUAUUCGAAUAAAUUAGUUGGAAAUUUUUUAAAUAAAUUUAUAUCAGCAUGUAUUUCUCAUUUCGCCCCAAAAUGAAUUUCAAACUUGCCGCUCGUAAAGUCAAUGCAAAAAAUUGUACAGUUUUCAAAUAAUUGUUUCCCAAAAAGUACUUGUCGAAUCGCGACAAAAAAAAUUCUCAGCUGCACUAUCAUUAUAGUAGUUUAUGAAAGAAAUUACUAGAACGUUCAAUUUUCAAAUGGGGUCUUAUAAUAUUCCUUCAAAAAUUGUUAAAAUUUUCAAAAUAAAUUUUUGAACAUAGCUUGACAAAUUAGGCCUAAAAGUUGUUGGUGGUGUUUCCAGCUAUUCCAGGAAUGAUGUUGGAUACUUUCCGAUCAUUCCAGGGGGGGUUUGGAACAACCGAUGAGGGUCAUCGGUCAUUCUUAGACCCCCCUUUAGAAUGUCAUUAUGUCGUCAAUUAAUUGUUUCCCAAAAAGUACUUGUCGAAUCGCGACAAAAAAAAUUCUCAUAUGCACUAUCAUUAUAGUAGUUUAUGAAAAAAAUUACUAGAACGUUCAAUUACUUAAUGGGGUCUCAUAAUAUUGAAUAAAUGAAGUGAUGAGUUUUUUAUUCGAAUAUUAUAACAUGACUUGAUGAAUUUUGUCUAAAAGUUGUUGCUGGUCCAUUCAGUCAUUCCAGUAAUGAUGUUCGAGACUUGUCGAUGAUUCCAGAGGGAGUUUGGAACAACCGAUGAGCCUUAUCGGCCAUUCUUAACCCCGAUUUAGAAUGACAGUGGGUUUUCAAUUAAUUGUUUCUCAAAAACUUUAUCGAAUCGCGAUAAAAAAAUAUUUCUGUGUUUGUUUUUGUUCUAAUAAAAUAUAAAUGCCCACAUGCCCAAGUUGAACCAUAAUUAUAGCACCACCAAGCCAAGCCGGUGUCAGUCAGUCAAGAUGAGACGCGAUGAGACGCGUCUUUGUCGUCAGCUAAACGUAGUAGAGAAAGAGAUCGAGGAGAGUGAGACUACCAAACAACCACGACACAAUCGUCAUUGCUGGAGAGAGAUUCUGUCGUCUCAACACCAUUCUCGUCACUCUUACUUCCAUUAUUUUAAUCCACAUAGUUUUCAAUUAUAAAAAUUUAAAUUACUCUUAAUUAAUACACUUGAGACAUUUACUCGAAUAUUAUUAAAAACCAAAUUUAAAACUAAACUUCUCAUUGCUGGUGAUAAAUUCGUCGUCUCAUCAUCAUCGUCUUCACUUUUCGUCGACUGAAUAUCAUUUAAAUCAAUUCUCGAGUAUACGUUAAAUUAAUAAUUCCAGUGUUAAGUUCGUCUCCUUGAAUUAAUAGACUCUACAAAGAACAAAAUUAAUUAUCCAAAAAUUUAUUUCCAAAAAACUAAAAGUGAAAAAUUGGUUCCAGUUUGAAUGAAACAGCAAACAGUAACGAGUCAUUCUCAAUCAGUACAAAAUGCCCAAGAGGAAGAAGCAGUAUGUAAUUUCUUCCGACGACGACGACGACGAUGCAGAUCUGGACUACUAUCCAAGCGACGACUAUUCUAAGCUUUCGAAAGAAGACGAGUAGCUCUUUAAGGAGAGCAGCUUGAACAAUCGAUACAAGUCAACGUCGACCACAAGAAUGUACACAAGAUCAAACCCAGUAAGCACUCUGUCAAGUUCUGACAAUGAAGAUGGUAAAAAAGAAAACCAAGCUCCUACAUCGGGGUCAUCACAUGGACGAUCCAAGGCAAAGACAGGUUCACUUAAACGGCGUCACCGCGAUCGAGAACCCUCUCGCCCAUCACUAAUCAACAACAAAGAUGUUGCGCCACUAACAACUACCACUAUACCGUGUUCUAGUACACGAGUAUUUGAUGAUGACAAUGAUGACAAAGUCGGAUCAAUAAAUGAAGACACCGAUGCACCUGCGGAAGAAAGAAUCGUCGGCAUCAGUCAUAAUGUUCCGCAUCGAAAACGGUCCCCUUUUUUUAUCCGGACAGACAUUCCCAACCCGAUGUCUUCUGGAGUUGAGGGACCGGGGAUGCGAACAGAUUUAACUGAGCAAGAAAACUCGCCAAUACGACGCUUGUUACUAAAAUAUGGCGACGAAGAGAUUGAAUUCAUCGCACCAUCUACACUAACAAGUUUGAAUGACCCUUCCAUGUUUGUUGAGCUGUCAAUGAAGCACGGCACCGGAAUAAUGAGACAAUUGAUACGAGCAAAUAAAUUCGAAGCUUCGCACGCACCUGUUUGUUCAAGUUCACUUCAAUCGUCUGUAUCGGCCAAUCAAUCCGGUCAAGAAAAACGAGUUAUUCGUGGUGAUAAGCCAAAAAAACCCAAGCUCGGUACUAUAUGGGAGAAUAAGUGUGGAGAACGUCGCCGGUACGAAGUAAUGAACAAAAAGAAGAACAUAAACAGCUGGAAACUUUUGUGCUCGAAGUGUGACACCAAAGCAAGCGUAGGAGGUUUAUGCAAAAAACAUAUUUCAGGAAGGGAAUCGUCUACGUCCGCCGUAUACAAAAAUCCAAAACCAGGCUCUAUCGUGAUGAACAAAAUAACCAGAGUUAGGUCUCGAUAUAAUGGUAAAAGAUGGGUUGCCCUUUGUUUAAUUGAAACAUGCAAGAGCGGUAGAACUACAGGCGCAAAAGACAAACUUUGUCAUUCACAUCGUACCCUAAACAAAAGAGAAAGUAACGAUGUAAUUAUAUGGGGAAUGUCCUGGGGCGAACCCGAAUCAGGUACACCUGCCUGCACGGUUGUGAAUUUUUCCGUAGAAGACGACGAAAUACAAGCGGCUAAAAACCACGUUUUACAUUGCUGCUGUACUGAUCGCCAUUUGAAGCAUUCCGGUUACAUUCCUAAUAUUAACGAUGCGUUUGUCAUUAUGAAGAUUCCGAAUGCCUUUAAACACCCCACGAAAUUCAAAUCACGGGAUAUGAUGUGUGCCAUUCGGACGUUUGGCAACAAAAACAGCCGACUUCAUUGUCCAGAAUCUAUAAAGUUGCAGAUUAGGCCAGCCAUCAUCAAGAUCCUGCACAAAUUACCAGAACCCACUCUACAUGAAAUGAACAAAUUAGAGAGUUGGCAAAAUGAUGUUGAUUUCCAACAAUACCUGAACUCAAACCCAUUCAAAAUGUCAUCAAAACAACUUGACGAUAUUACAAGAAGAGUAAACGCAAUUAUUGACGCGGGUACUGACAACGAUGUCCGAUUAAAUAAAGUAGACGAUAGCAGAGCCAGACGCAACAACCAAACCGAGAGGAACACAGCAGAUGAUGAGGAGAAAAAAGAGAGGAAAUAAAGGAGGAGCAAAAUUAAGUACAUGUUAUUUGAUAGAAGCAGCAAUUCGUGCAUUAAAAAAAACGACAAACAAAUCUGUUAGUACCAGGUUUAAGCUAGAUAUUCUUAGGGAAGUUUUUAUUAAAAACAAUCAUAAAAUAAAUAAAAUACACGUAAAGUUUGAUUUGUGAAUGACAUAGAUAAUAGUAGUUAAAGUCAUAUAAACAGUAAAUCUUUCCACUGUAA